AUGGCGACACAAGCAAAUUCUGUUCCUCACCCAACUUUAGUGAAGAUCGAUCCGUUCAUACCAGCAGACCAGCAGAAAGGUAUACAUAACCGCUGGCACCCGGACAUCCCACCGUUUGCGACAGUCAAACCCGGCGAGGUAUUCAAGGUGGAAUGCAUUGACUGGACCGGUGCUCAAAUUGGCAACAAUGACAGCAGUGAUGAUAUCAGGGAUGUCGAUCUCACCAAGAUCCAUAAUCUCUCCGGCCCUAUUGCUGUCGAAGGCGCGGAACCGGGCGAUUGCCUGGUCGUCGAUAUUCUCGACGUGACACCGUUCGAGAAGAUGCCUUGGGGUUUUACUGGAAUCUUUGAGCUUGAAAAUGGCGGGGGCCUGUUCGCCCGCGAGUUCAAAAGCCGCGCUGCCAAAGCCAUCUGGGACUUCAAAGGCAUGUACGCGACGUCCCGACAUAUCCCUGGUGUGCGCUUCGCAGGAGUCUCUCACCCAGGCCUGAUUGGUACCGCCCCGUCCGCUGAACUCCUUGCUACGUGGAACAAACGCGAGAGAGGGCUUAUUGCAGAGCACGCAGACGCCAUGCCGCCCGUCGCGUACGCGCCGAAUCCCGUGGGCGCGUAUAUCGGCCAGGAUAAUCUUGACCCCGAGGUCAGAAAACGGAUCAUGGAGAAUGGGGCUAGGACUGUUCCUGGGAGAGAACAUGGAGGGAAUUGCGAUAUCAAGAAUCUGUCAAGGGGUUCUCGUUGUUAUUUCCCGGUGUUCGUUCCCGGAGCGAACUUGUCAGUCGGUGACUUGCAUUUCUCUCAAGGGGAUGGAGAACUCGCGUUCUGUGGAGCUAUUGAGAUGGCGGGUAUCAUUACUUUUAGUACAAGCAUUAUCAAAGGCGGCGUGGAGAAGUUCGCUCUGAAGCAGCCCAUCUUUAUGCCUUCUCCUAUCGACCCGUUAUACUCAUCCAAGCUUAUCUUUGAGGGAAUCAGUGUCGAUUACCGUAUAUGGGGAUGGAAAGCAAUACAAUAUGGAUGCGUGAGUUAUGAGUCGCCUGCCAAUGCCUCUGCAUUUCACGGUAUUAAUAGAACCGUGGCAUAUAAACAAGCGGCUUUGAAUGCCAUUGCAUACUUGAUGAAGAUUGGAUACACUAGAGAACAAGCUUACCUACUUCUAUCGGCGGCCCCGAUUGAAAGCCAUGUGGGAGCUGUGGUCGACUCUCCGAACGCGUGUGUGACCCUGGCUUUGCCUACGGGUAUUUUCGAACAUGAUAUCCUUCCUAAGCCCGAGGGCCUUACGAAAUAUGACUUUGGCCAGUGCGCUAUCCGGAGUGACGGUGUUGUUUGA